AUGGAGUCACCGCCUACUUUUUCUACACAUUCGGAAGCACCACCGUUAAGCGAAGAUAGUGGCCUGCUGAUUACAAGUGGUUCAUUUUCUAGUGACUCCGCAAGUGGAUGGCAUCAUAUCACGUCCGAGUUACAAGAAAGCGACUUUGAUGAGGGGUCGCUGUCCCUAUGUGACUCCACCGAGACCUCCGAACGUAUGUGUGAUGAUUUCUUUAAUACGGUGAAGAAGGGUCCUGGGAAGAGCAUCCCGACUGCCAUCGAGCCGCCGCCGGAAUUCCAGGCAUUUAUAAAUGGAUUAUAA